UUAGGUUGGAUUCGUUCGACGGAAGUAGUACUACACGUGGUUUUUGAUAAGAUUUUUAUGAAAAGAAAAACUUAUUAUUCAUCUUCUUCGUGUGAUAAAAAAUUUUAAUCAAGUAAAUUUAACACGUUUUUCGCCUAACGACAAUGUCGCAAAGUAAAAUAUUCUUGAAAAAUCGGGCUCUUGGUUAUGUGAGCAAUCAUAUACCGCUUGUUACGAGAUACAUUCAACGCAGAAAAGAAAAUCUUAUUGUAACAUGCGUCGGCAGAUCUUUUCACACUUACGGAUGUUCACAUUUUACGCUUCUUAGUGUUUCUGGCACUCAUCCUGGUGAUAUAACCUGUUUAGCCGCAGAUACUUAUCACAUUUAUACAGCCAGUGAAAACAAUGUUUAUGCUUGGCGGAGAGGAACCGAGCUCAAACACACUUACAAAGGGCACGACUGUCCAGUUCAUCUUUUAUUACCGUUCGGAGCACACUUGAUUUCUGUGGAUGAGAACAGCAACAUUAAGAUAUGGGACAUAAAAACAGAGGAAAUCUUUUUGGAAUUGAAUUUUGGAAAUGAAAUUUUCAAAAUAACAACAAUAUUACAUCCAAACACGUACAUCAACAAAAUUCUACUCGGAAGUGAGCAGGGUAGUUUACAGCUAUGGAACAUAAAAACAACAAAGGUGAUAUAUACAUUCAAAGGUUGGUCAUCACCGAUAACAGCUUUGGAGCAGGCCCCAGCAUUAGAUGUGGCCGCUAUAGGAUUGGCAAAUGGGAGAAUAAAAUUACACAAUCUUCGAAUGGACGAAACCAUAUUUGAGUUGAUACAAGAUUGGGGCUUCGUGACAUCGAUAUCAUUUCGCACCGAUGGAAAUCCUAUAAUGGCUACAGGAACGAUGGCUGGUCAUGUAUUAUUUUGGAAUUUAGAGGAGAGAAGGAUUGAGAGCCAAAUAACAUCAGCACAUUUCGCAGCAAUAGCGGGCUUGAAAUGUUUGCCAAAUGAACCACUUGUGGUCUCUUCCUCACCGGACAAUAGUUUAAAAUUAUGGAUCUUCGAUCAAACUGAUGGUGGCGCAAGAUUGUUGAGGAUAAGAGAAGGUCAUGCUGAGCCACCUACUUCUGUGAGGUUUUACGGUGCGGAUGGUCACAAUAUUUUAACAGCAGGAAGAGAUUCUUCUCUAAGGAUAUUCUCCACCAUAACUGAAACAUUCAACAAGAGCCUGGGUAGAGCCUCAUUUAACAGAAAAUCUUCUAAGAAAAAAGGCCGAUUGAUCGAAGAUCCUAUGAUUAUGCCGCCGAUAGUAGAGCUUGCUGCUGAAACAACCAGGGAGAAAGAAUGGGACAACAUAGCUGCUGCUCAUCUAGGAUUAGGAGUCGUUACCACUUGGUCUUACGACAAAUUAAAAAUGGGUGAACAUAAGCUCAUCACUGAAUAUAUACGUAACCAUAAAAACGCCACAGCCACCUGCCUGUGCAUUACUCAAUGUGGAAAUUUUGUUGUUGUUGGUUAUAACAUUGGGAAUAUUGAGAGAUUCAAUAUUCAAUCUGGAAUUCAUAGAGCCAGUUAUGGCCUUGAGAGUAAUCGACACAAAGGUUCUGUUCGAGGCGUGAUCGUUGACUCGCUUAAUCAAGUUGUUCUCUCCGCUGGAGAAGAUGCUCUUCUCAAAUUUUGGCCAUUCAAGCCUUCGAGAGAUCAUAAUCCCAGAGCUGUUCUUGAUGUCAAAGAACCUGUCAAGUGGCUCAGAAGCCACAGAGAGAAUUCGCUCAUUGCUUUAGCUCUCGAUGAUUUCAGUCUGGUUCUUGUUGACAUUGACACCAGGGUUCUCGUUAGAAGAUUUGAAGGCCACAGAGGAUAUCUUACUGAUGCUACUUUCAGCCCUGACGCCAGGUGGCUUGUCACAGCUUCAAUGGAUUGUACUGUCAAAACUUGGGACAUUCCUUCGGGUCAGCUCGUCGAUGCCUUCAAGGUACCUGAGGCUUGUAUUUCACUGCACUUCUCACCAACUGGAGAAUUUCUUGUGACCGCACAUGUGUGCAAUUUGGGAAUUCAUCUCUGGUCAAACAAAACUUUAUACUCUCACGUUUCUCUGAAAGCCAUAUCGCCGAAUGCGCCAGUACCAAUGAUAGGACUUCCGAGGUCUACGAAAGAAAUCGAUUUGGAGAGCGAUUUGGAAGAACUAUCGGUGAUCGAAAAGGAAGACGAGAAUGAGGAAAAAUACGUUUCACCUGAGCAGCUGGAUGCUGAUUUAAUAACAAUGUCAUCAUUGGCAAAUUCGCGCUGGCAAAAUUUGCUGAACAUUGAUAUAGUGAAAAAGCGAAACAAGCCAAAAGAGGCACCGAAAGCACCGGAAUCAGCGCCUUUCUUUCUUCCCACGAUUCCAGCUUUGAAUAUACAAUUUGAUAUCUCGCAAGAAAAAUUCCAGGAUUCGAGCAACAAAAUUCUCGUACACCCGGAUUUUCAAAAUCUUACACAGUUUGGAACACUUCUACGCGAGUCCAUGGAGAACGAAGAUUUUUCAAAAGCAUUUAAGAAACUGAAAUCGUUAGGACCGAGUGCCAUUGACUUCGAAAUUCAAUCGUUGUCAUUGGAUGAAACGUAUUUCCAAUUGCUUGCAUUACAGUUUAUGAAAAUGAUUAAAAACACCAUGGAAAGCAAGAAAGACUUUGAACUGUGCCAAGCUUAUCUUUCGAUAUUUUUGAAAAUUCAUGGUAGCUCUAUCGCCGAAAAUAAACAGUUGUGGAAAUAUCUGCCAGAGUUGCAGCAAGAGCAAUCAAAAAGUUGGAUCACGUUGCGCGAAAAAUUAUUUUACAAUUUGAGUGUGGUACAACAUUUGAAAAAAAUGUAAAAUAUUCAACCAUCAAAUCCAUUGUACAAAAUUAACAUUUUUUAUUAUUAUUUAUUACAAAUAUAUAUAUUUAUAUUACA